AUGGCCGUCGUGCAUAUCUGCAGACACGGCCAAGACGAAGACAAUUUUGAGGGAAUUCUGAAUGGUCGACGCGAUCGCCCGCUGACGCAGCUGGGCCGGGCGCAGGCGACUGCGUUGGCGCGGAGAAUAAAGGAAAGCGGAACAACGUAUGACGUCAUUCUGGCAUCACCCCUGCAGCGGGCGAAUGAGACUGCCCGCAUAAUUGGUGAAGCUCUUUCUGUUAAGGUAGAAAUAGACAAUGAACUCGUGGAGCGUGAAUUUGGUGUGCUGACAGGAAAACCCACUGAUCAAAUCAAAACGUACGCUGGGGAGAAUGUCUUGGAAGGGGAAAAUGUCUUGUAUUUUCUUUCCGUCGAUGGGGCGGAACCGUUUGAAGAAUGCUAUAGCCGUGCCGCCAGUGUGUUACGGCGUGUGGAUGACGCCUUCACUGGAAAGCGUGUGUUGCUUGUGUGCCAUGGGGACAUUGGCAAGAUGCUGCAGGCGGUAAGGAAAAACAUACCGUGGCGUGAGGGGCUUAUGUUAUCAUAUUUUGCCAAUACAGAUGUUCUGGAGACGUAA